AUGGGGAUGGGAGACUCUCCCAGGCCUCUGGGGACCCCAGACUCUCCCAGGCCUCUGGGGACCCCAGACUCUCCCAGGCCUCUGGAGGACCCCAGACUCUCCCAGACCUCUGGGGACCCCCAAACUCUCCCAGGCCGCUGGAGAACCCCAGACUCUCCCAGGCCUCUGGAGAACCCCAGAAUCUCCCAGGCCUCUGGAGGACCCCAGACUCUCCCAGGCCUCUGGAGAACCCCAGAAUCUCCCAGGCCUCUGGGGACCCCCAGACUCUCCCAAGCCUCUGGGGACCCCAAGACUCUCUCAGGCCUCUGGAGAACCCCAGAAUCUCCCAGGCCUCUGGAGAACCCCAGAAUCUCCCAGGCCUCUGGAGGACCCCAGACUCUCCCAGGCCUCUGGGGACCCCCAGACUCUCCCAAGCCUCUGGGGACCCCCAGACUCUCUCAGGCCUCUGGGGACCCCCAGACUCUCCCAGGCCUCUGGGGACCCCCAAACUCUCCCAGGGCUCUGGGGACCCCCAGACUCUCCCAGGGCUCUGGGGACCCCCAGGCUCUCCCAGGCCUUUGGGGACCCACAGACUCUCCCAGGCCUCUGGAAAACCCCUGA